UUUUUAAUUUGUGAUUUUUUAUGGCUGAAUAUUCAAACUUGACCUAAGAGUAAUUGUUUUAGAUGCUUACAUUUGUUCUGUCUGGUGAUAAUGAAAAGAUCAAAGAGGCUACACGUGUUUUAAAAGUUUACACAAAGUCUGUGAAUUGUGUAGGACCAUUGGCAUUAAUAAUAUCUUAAAAUGAAAAUGUAUUUAUGAUAGUUUAAAGGAAUAGUAACAAUUUCGACAUUUAGCAGGAGUAUUAUUAAAGAGAAAUAUGGCUACAAAUUAUGAUAAAUUGGAAGCAACAGCUUAAACUUAAUUAAAGUAAUUGUUAUUGGAAAGAUUCUUUGGAGAACCAAUAAACCCAAUUCGAACAAGUAUUGGAUCAUUAAUAGGAACAAUUGCAAUUUAGACAUUAGGAGAUAAUAAAUGGCCAGAAUUAUUUUAAGUUCUUUAGAAUUAGACAUCAAAGAAUCAAGACAUUGUUACUAGAUAAAGAGGAUUGAUGUUAUUAUCAUUGAUCUUUGAUUACUCUGGAGAUAGUUUGAAACCAUUUUAUUCUGUUUUUUAUCCAUUCUUUAUUGAAAAUCUACAAGAUAAUGAUAAAUAAAUUAGAGUGUAAACAGUAAAAUGUUUAAUAUCAUUAUUCGAUAACAUUGAGCAUAUGAAUAAAUAAGAAGUAAUUCAUUUUUAAAAUUUUAGGCCUAAUAAUAUAAGACUCUAGUUGAACCUAUUUUAAGAUUCGUAGAUUAAUGUAUAAAAGAAGGAGACGAAGAUAAUGCAUAUCAUUGUUUUGAUGCUUUUGGAUAUUUGGCUGAAAGUAAAUUGACAAUAUUAGAUACUCAUUUGGGUAUGAUUGUAGAAUAUGCAGCUAGUUAAAAUGUAAGAAUUUAUAAUUAAUUAAUUAGCUUUUAUUGAAUCCAAAAUGCAGUAGUAAAUUUAAGGAAUGUGUUUUGGAUUUGAUUGAUAAUGUGGUAGAAUAACAUAAGAAGGUUUUAAAUAAGAAUCCAGCAUUAUUAAAACAAUUAAUUGAAUGUUUAUCAUUGGUGAUUGCCUAACCCUACACAGAGGAGGAAUUGACUCAAGAUGAAGAGCCACUAUAAGAUGUUACCUUAUGGUUAUUGGAAACAUUGGUUAUAGGUUUAGGUAAGAAAAAGACAUUAUUUGGUUUAUUUUUGGAAACCAUUAUAAAAUUGAUAGAUUCAGGAGAUGUUAAUCAAAUGAAUGCAGGAUUUUUAAUAUUAGCAGCAAUUACAGAAGGAUUGUAAGAUUAAAUUAGAAGAUCUCUUUAGAAUCCAAUAAUGAAUGUCAUUAUACCAAAAGGAUUAAAAGAUGAAAGAACAGCAGUUAGAGGAGCAACAAUUAAAUGUUUAUCAUAUUUCAGUGAAUGGUUGUGUCCAGAGAUCUUAAGUUAUGAUCAAAUUGUAAUCCCAGAGAUGAUCAAUUGUCUUAAAGCAUAAGACCAUAAGAUUUAUGAAAAGGCUCUAUUAACUAUUGAUAUCUUUGCUGAAAAUAUGGAAUCAGAAAAAAUUCUUCCAUAUAUGUAGACUCUUCUUCCAAAUUUAGUUUAGUUGUUUUUGCAAUCUACAACAACAUUUAUUGCUAGAAGACAUUGUCUUUCUUCAAUUGGAAGCAUUAUAGUUUCAUCUAAAGAUGCUUUUGGCACAUAUUUAAAGGAUGUUAGUGAAUUGUUAUUACAAGUCUUGAAGGAAAAAGAUACUCCAGAAAUUAUGAGUAUUAAAUCAGAAGCCAUUUAAGUUUUUGGAACUAUUGCUGAAUCAUUCAAAUCUAAUGUAGAAGUUUAAACCUAAUUAAUUACUCCAUUAGCUCCAUAAAUAUUUGAAUUAUUAACCAAACAUGAUGACUUUGAAAUUAGAGAAGCAUGUUUAGCCUUCUUUUAUAAUAUGGCUGCUGCUUAAGGAGAAAAAUUCGCACCUAUUUUCACUUAGAUUAUUAGCUAUACUAUGAAAUUAGCAGAAUCUAAAGAAGGUAUCUCCUAUGAUAAAGAAAAGAAAGAAUUUUCUCUUGACACUGAUUCUGAGGAUGAAAAUCAAUAAGGACCUAUGAGAGUUAAAGUUACCUAAAUGGAUGAAAAAGCAGCUGCUAUUCAUGCUUUAGGUUAAUUUGCACUCUCAGUCCCAUAAUAAUUUGGAUAAUAUUUUAAACCCACUUUUGACAUUCUUGAUGAAACUGUAGAUUUCUUCUAUGAUAAUAUCAGAAUGUAAACUAUAUAAUGUUACAGAGAUCUUAUUGAAGGAUAUGCUCUAUUUAGACAUAAUGGAGUCUUACCUAAAGUUUAAUAAGGAUUACCAGCAAUAGAAAAUUUAGAUGCUGAGUUCUUAACAUUCUUAUAAACUGAUGUCAUGUAAAAAUUAAUUAGAGUUAUUGCUGAAGAUGAAUCUUAUGAAUGUGCUGCACUUGCUAUUGAUGUUAUUGAUCAUCUCACCAAAAAAUUAGGACCCUAAAUUGUUUACAAAAAUCUUGAUGAUUUAUCUAAAGUUAUUACCUUGAUCUUAAAUAAAAAAAUCAAAUGUUUAGGAGCUGAUCUUGAUUCUGAAGGAGAAGAAGAAAAUGAUUAAGAUAUGAAUCUUAAUGUCUUAGAAAAUCUCACUGACUUAAUCCCUACUUUAGCCAAAAACCUUAAAAAUGGAUUUGUUCUCAUGUUUAGAGAGAUAUUCCCACAUUUAGCAACUUAUCUUCAUAAAGAUAAAGAAAUAGAUGAUAUCAUUUGUACUGUUGGAUGUCUUGCUUAAAUAUUUGAAUAUGAACCUUCACUUAUUUUAGAAUGUCAAUCAGUUGUGAUUCCAUUCUUGUUAAAUACUAUCCCUUCUAUUGGAGAUUAAGAAUUAAAUAGAAAUGCUGCUUAUGCAUUAGCUACUUAUUGUGAAUUUGGACCAUAAAAUGAUGUUGCUUCAGCUCUUCCUUAAAUUAUUUAAUCACUUACAACCAUUUUUACAACUGCUACUACUUACAGAGAAGCUGCUGAAAAUGCUACUGCUGCUGUUUGUAGAAUUCUUAUUAGAUUCCCAUAAGCUUUGCCAUUAGAAACCACCUUAGAUCAUAUUAUGACAUAAUUACCAUUCAAAGGAGAUGUUGAAGAAAAUUUCACUGGAUUAAGAUUUUUAGUUCAUUUAGGAAAUACUAUUCCUGAGCUCAUUACACCAAGAAUGGAAUAAGUGAUCAAAUUGUUAUUAGAUUCUUUAAUUUAAAAGGAACAUUAUAAAGUAUCAUUUUAUCAAUAAUUUAUAGCUUAAAGAUGAAUAAUUAAACUUCAUAGUAUCUACUGUAAAGGGUUUGCUUUAAAAUUAACAAUACAAAACAAUUAUUGAAAAUAUUAUUUUGAAUGUUUAAGAUCAGACUCAAAAGAACAAAGUGAUUGCUCUUCUAUAAUGAUGAAGA